GAGCUGUCCGGGACUCAAGUAUGUAGAGAGCUGUUCACCGAGUCAGUUGCCGAGGAGCUGUCCAGCAUUUCAGCACCUCUGCGCUUUCGGGAUUGCCAGCUACCCGGGCAACCUUCAGCCCGCACUAACUGCAGAAGGACCCGCAGAAGGAAAGCAGAUCCCAGGCGCUAAGUUUCAACGCAACCCACCCUAAGAGGCGAAACGGAGCACGUGGAAGGUGCUUGGGCUGUGAGGUGCCUAUUUCCAUGUUUUCUGACAAUGGGCAUUUCUCUUGGUGAGGAAGCCCGAACUUAAGUGUGUGUUUUCCAUUGUCCCUGCAAGGAUCUCCGGUGAGGAGAAGAGGAGUGAUGGGCAAAGAGGUGGGAUGACGAGAGACCUCUCCGGUGCAGGGCCAGAAUUAAAGGUCUAAAUCCAAGCCAAAGAGGCAGCGCCUUCUAGGUUCACCCCGGAAAUCUGAAGCGGUCUGGUGCCGGUGACAUAUACCUCGACCUGGUGUUUGAGCCGAGCUGGGCUAGCUGGAUUCAGCCCACGCUUCACUCCCUUGGGGGAGCCGCGGCUGGUCUUUCUUUCCCACCGCAGCCCAUGGCUAACUUCUCCUCGCACUCCGAGCCCAACGCGUCCUGCGCGUUCUGCGCCGGCAGAGGGGCCCCCUGGCCCAACGCCUCCGCCCCGCAGCUGCUCCCCGACUUCUACCUGACCGUGCCCAUCAUCUACUCCCUCAUCUGCGCCCUGGGGCUGACGGGCAACACCGCCGUCAUCUACGUGAUCCUGCGAGCUCCCAAGAUGAAGACGGUCACCAACCUCUUCAUCCUCAACCUGGCCGUGGCCGACGAGCUCUUCACCCUGGUGCUGCCCAUCAACAUCGCCGACCACCUGCUGCGGCAGUGGCCCUUCGGCGAGUUCAUGUGCAAGCUGAUCAUCUCCAUCGACCAGUACAACACCUUCUCCAGCAUCUACUUCCUCACCGUCAUGAGCAUCGACCGCUACCUGGUGGUGGUGGCCACGCUCCGGUCCAGGAAGAUGUCCUACCGCACCUACCGCGCCGCCAAGCUGGCCAGCCUGGCCGUCUGGGCCUUGGUCUCCAUUGUCAUCUCGCCCUUCGCGGUGUUCGCCAAGCUCCACCGGGAGCAGGGGCGCUCCCAGUGCGUCUUCGUCUUCCCCAGCCCGGAAAGCUUCUGGUGGAAAGUCAGCCGCCUCUACACCCUCCUGCUGGGCUUCGCCAUCCCCGUCUCCACCAUCUGCGUCCUCUACGCCGCCCUGCUAGCCAAGCUGAGACGCGUGCGCCUCCACAGCAACGCCAAAGCCCUGGACAAAGCCAAAAAGAAAGUGACGCUGAUGGUGCUGGUCAUCCUGGCCGUGUGCCUCUUCUGCUGGACCCCCUACCACCUCAGCACGGUGGUGGCCCUCACCACGGACCUCCCGCAGACCCCCCUGAUCAUCGGCAUCUCCUAUUUCAUCACCAGCCUCAGCUACGCCAACAGCUGCCUCAACCCGUUCUUGUAUGCCUUCUUGGACGAUAAUUUCCGGAAGAGCUUUCGCAAGCUGGUUGAAUGCAGGGCGUCCCCCUAGAGCCCCCAGGCGCGGCUGCGCUCCUUUGUCAUUUUCAAAGGGGAAAAGCGCAUCCCAGGGGACAAGACUCGGACGCCGGUCUGCGAACCAGCCUUGAUCAAGCUUUAGAUCCAAUGUACUCGUGAAAUCAAAGCACAGGCAGGAUCCAUUUCUUUUCGGUUUGUCUUGCAGCCAGUGGCACAGUGUUCAUAGGGGAGGAAUGGGGCUUUUUAAAUCCACACUAGUUCCUUGGCCUAGUCUUACCCAUCACGCUCAUUCUUUUUCCUUCAGUAGGGUGCUCUAGAGUCCUGGAGGUUGUAUAUUAUGGAGCAGGAGCAAAAUUCAACAUUUUACAAGAUGUUAGUGAAGAAUAGCUAAGUACUUUGACAUCUAUCUAUAUUACUGGAGAUCUGUAAAGCCAAAUAAAGAUAUUUUAUUGAGUGCCUUGCUUAAUGAAUCUUAAGCCUGCUAGUUUUAUAUCUGCCGUACUUAAGUUGUAGCUCAGCUUCACUCCCUUACUCUUCUAAAUAAAUACACCAUAAUUAAAAGAGCCUAUGCUUUCAUAGCAACCUGAUAUACCCCCGUCACCCUCUGGUCUGAGGCGCGUUGUUACUCAGAAUCAGAUCUCAUAUUUCAGUCCAGAAGCAGCAGAAAUAAUGCAGUGCUCAGUGUAAAUGCUCAGAGGCUACCAUGUAUAAAUCUCCUUCCCUAUACAUGAAUGAUUGUUAAAAUGUUUUUUGCAUGGAAUACUAUCCUGCUGGCUAAAAGUCAGUCUGACCUUUCCGAACACAUUUGAAAAAGAAAUCACUAUCUGGUUUUAGAUCCUGUAGAUUAGGCUAUAAUUCUACAUCUUUAACAACCUUUGAAAGACAGAUCUCCCAACGAGAAAGAAUAAGGGAAAGCACUAGUAACACAACGAAGCUUAUUUCCUUUUAGAUGGGACCUAAAUAUGCCUAUUAACGUCUCCUGAAAUCCCACUGCUUUUUCUGCACGUAGCAAGGAGCCUUUGCAUUGGCUUUAAGAAAGAAGAAAAGAGGAAUCAUAGUGUGUAGAAAUAUGGAUGUGUGUUUGGAGCCACCUUCUGUAGAAACUGGCAUUUUCAGCCCAGCAAACUCUUCUAUAAUAUAAAGUUCUCAGUUCCUGUUAGGACCAGAAUAUAUGGUUAGGUUUAUGUGCAAUACAUACAUUUAUGAUAGGUUUCUACAUCUUCUCAAAAACGCUCAGACUCCCCCCCCCCCAGCUACUUAAGGAUCAGAUGUUAUUUCAGUAUAAAUCCUCACUUCAGAGAUAACACUUUUAAAAGGGGUUCUGUCAAAAACAAACAAAAAACCCUACUUCCACCCCUUAGCAGUCACAUGUUAGCUUAACACUACUUUCAGAAUAAAAAGUUAACAUAUUAUUCAUUAUUUUGCCUUCAAAAAUCCUAUUUAUCUUAACUUGGACAAUGAGAAUAAAAAGAUGAAUUUGGCUCUUUUCAGUUUCACCCUUGUUCACAUGCUGAAACAGUUCAGGGGAAGGUUGCAUUUUUCCCCCCACUUCACUUCUCUCCUACCCCCACAAGGAAAAUUGACAGAUUUGAAAUAUAGUUUGUAAAAAUAUUUCCAGGCAUAUAAGAUUUUGAAACUGCAAAACUUUGUGGUCAUGUCUACUAUUAUUAAUUCAUAUUACAGUAGCAUUUAGGAGCCCCAGCCAUGAACCAGGACCCCGUUGUGCUAGGCACUGCACAAGGACAGUCUUGUCUACUUGAUUUUUAUGUGGCUGAAACUUACUAUGUAAAAAUAAAAAAUAGUCAAAUGUAAAUACCCAGAUCAUCUUUUGUUUCUAAAACUAGGGUAUAUAAAUCGAUAUAGAUUCUCGUUAGACAAACAUCAAUCAAUA